AUGUCUUCCAAGAAAGUGGCUGCGAAGAAGACGGCUGAGCCCAAGGAGACUGUGUCCUUGGGCCCGGCUAACAAUGAGCUUGUAUUCGGAGUUGCCCGCAUCUUUGCCUCUUUCAACGACACCUUUGUCCACAUCACCGACAUGAGCGGUCGUGAGACAAUUGCGCGUGUCACGGGUGGCAUGAAGGUCAAGGCUGAUCGAGAUGAAUCUUCCCCUUAUGCCGCAAUGUUGGCUGCCCAGGAUGCUGCCGCCAAAUGCAAGGAGAAGGGCAUCAACGCUUUGCACAUCAAGCUCAGAGGGACUGGCGGUAACGGAAGAAUGACACCUGGUCCUGGUGGUCAGGCUGCUCUCCGUGCCCUUGCCCGUGCCGGCAUGAAGAUCGGCCGUAUCGAAGACGUUACUCCUACUCCUUCCGACUCGACUCGACGAAAGCAGGGACGCCGUGGUCGCCGUCGCUAG